AUGUCGCAGCUUCGGGCACUGUACGCCGGCUUGGGGCCAUCCCGUGUCAGCAGAAGUCUACCUUCUCGAUCAAACGCAGGCAGGUCAUCCGUCGAAACGUCACCGAGUCUUCAGAAAUGGCGCAGGAAGCUUUCUGGAGCCAAACCGUGCAUCUUCCCGCGCCUGGCACUCCAUCCCGCUGCCCGCAGGGAGACGCAGGGGUUCGACCUCGACAUCAACACCGAGCGAUUUUCGCAGUUUUGUACCAGCCACCAAUUCGAACCAUCAACAGUCAUUCGAAUUGCCUGGGCCCUAGUUUUGCGCACCUUUGUCGGGACCGACAUGGUUACCUUUGGCUUCCAGCUCUCGGGUCGGGCCCAACCCCUGUUACCGGAUGCGUCCCAGGCCGUCGGCAGUUUUGCCGCUUUCUUGCCUUUCCUGGCGGACUUCUCCAAGACUAAAUCAUUACUCGAACACCUGCAAGAUGCGGAUGAGAUGACAAGGGAAGAUGAUGACGGCGACCUUCCGACGAUGACUGAAAUUGAGCACGAACUCUGCAGCCACGGCGAGCCCUUGUUCAACACGUGCGUCUCGUUUCACGAUGCGACGAAAACAAUCCAGGAGUCGUUCGAUAAGCAUCGGAACGUAGAUAUAGAUGCCUGGAAGCCUUCUAUUGUCUCCUCAUCCCAGGUCGCGAACUGCAAAGUCUCGGUGUCGGUUACGCUUCUCGACAACCGGAUCCAUGCCGACAUCGGGUACCAGCAUCUGGCACCCGACCAGGCACACAACAUUUUCAACUCGUUCGAGCGCGCGCUGCAGGUCAUCCUCUGCAUGCCCUCACAGUUCGUGUCCCAGAUCGACAUGUUCACGGAUCGUGACUACCAGCAGACGACGACCCCUGACUGGGACCCCAACCAGACCGACACCAAGGUCUCGGCGUGCAUCAACGACCUCAUCGUGCACCAGGCCCGGCAGCAGCCGUAUGCCACCGCCGUUUCGGCCUGGGACGGCGAUUUCUCGUACCAGCAGGUGGAGGCGUUUGCAACCAAGCUGGCGACGUAUCUUGUCAAUCUCGGCGUCGGCCCCGGUGAGCUCGUCCCCCUCGUGCUUGAAAAAUCACGCUGGGCUCCUGUCAUGAUGCUUGGCGUGCUGCAGGCCGGCGGGUGUUUUGUCGGGCUCGACUCCCAGGAUCCAGCCAUGGUGGAGGCGACCAUCAAGCAGCUCGACCCCUCGCUCGUCCUCGUCGCCGAAUCGGCGUGGACGCACGUCAGCCACGUCACGCGCAACUGCAUCCUCGUUUACGAAGGUUUUCUCGACUCGCUCCCCCCCCAGCUGGCUGUGAUGGUGGAGAAGCCGAUCCCGGAGCAAGCCGCCGUCGCAUUCCUGCCGGCCGCGCAAAAGAAGCCGAAAGGCGUCUUCUUCACUCACCAGGCGCUCUGCUCCAUCAUGUCCAUGCAAGGUCCGGCCCUCCGGAUCGGUAACCGGAGCCGCGUCUUGCAGCUGUCGGCAUACAACGUCGACAUUGCCCUCGUGGAGAUCCUGGGGACCCUGCUGCAUGGGGGAUGCGUCUGUAUCCCAUCGGCGCAGGAGAAGAUGAACGACCUCGAGGGGGUCAUUGCUCGCAUGGACGUGACGUGGACCUACAUGACGCCUGUCCUGGCGAGAAAGGUUGAUCCUUCAAUGGUGCCGAACCUGAAAACCAUCUGUUUCCGAACGCGCAGUCUGGACGAUGAGACAUUCACUCCUUGGCUGCACAACCGAGAGGUGCUGCUUGCCUACGGUUCCCCUGACGUGUGCCCGAUGGCCCUCUCCGUUCUCAAGAUAACUGCACCAGACGAGACGAGCAUCAUUGCCCCCCCCCUCAUGGGCCGCUUCUUGAUCCUUAAUCCCGACGACCCCAAAAAGAUGGUGCCCGUCGGCGCCGCGGGUGAACUGGCGAUUGAUAGCCCGCUCAUCACACCUCACAAGUUCAUCCCUGGCCAGCCUCUGGUCGACCCGGCGUACCUGUUUGAGCAAAACAAGGGAAAGUGGCGGUACCUGAGAACGGGUCAUCGGGCACGGUGCCUCGACCGCGGCCACGUUCGAUUCCUGGCCAAUAUCAGGGACGAAGACAGCAAACCCACGUCAGCCGUCGCCACGGCCCACGUCGAGCAUCGAAUACGUCAAUGUCUUCCGCGAUGCGUCGAUGUCGUCGUUGAAUACGUCACCACGAGCGACUCAGUCCGCCUGCUUGCUGCCUUCCUCGACCUGGGCGAAGGCCCCAGCUGCGACCCGUACAACCUCAACCGCCUCAGUCCGGAUACCAAGGUGCGCCUCAUUCGCAUCCGACGCGCCGUCGAGACGUCUCUUGCAAAGCCCGACGGGAGAGGCAGAAAACUUCCCUGGCAAAGCAUUCCUGCCGUCUUCGUUCCCGUCAGGGGUUUCCCGCUCUCCGUCUCCCUCAAGGUCAACAGGAGGAAACUACAAAGGCUCGUCGCAUCUAGGACGUGCUCACAGCUUGUGGGCCUGGCAGACGACCAGGGCGCCUGUUGGCAACAACAGCAGGUUGUCCAUUCUUGGCAGCCGCUCGAGUUCAAACCCCUGCCCUUGACGCGAACCGAGGAGGCGAUGUGCUACCUCUGGGCCGGCGUCCUCGGCACGGAGGCGGUAAAUAUAAGACCUACUGACAGCUUUUUCGAUGCGGGUGGCAGCAGGGCGCUCGCAGUGCGACUGGUCGUUGCUUGCCGCAAGGUUGGAUACACCAUCUCGAUCCAGGAUAUCCUCAGGGGGGGCUCGCUGACGGAGCUGUGUCGCUCGACAGCUGAUACCGAGAAGACGACCGAGAGCAAGCUGCGCGGCAAAAUUCACGCAAAGAAAGCGUCAAUAAAUAACCGAAAGCAGAGCCUCGGCGCGGACCACGGCUUCAUCAAGCUCGUGCUCGCGCCGCAGAUUGAGAUACCAUGGCACGACGUCAUGGAUGCUGCCGAGGCAACAUCCCAGCAGGUACAACACCUCGAGUCGAGCCUGUAUCAGCCUCGCGCCGAUAUUAAUUGCCUUCUAUUUGACUUCAAUGGACCUGUCAGCCUGCCAAGGCUUCGGGCGGCGUGUGAGGCGCUCACCGGCAUGCACCACAUCCUACGCACGGCAUUUGCCGUACACGAACGGCAUGUAUAUCAAGUCACCAUCAAGUCCUUCAGGCCUGAGUUCAAUCACCAGCGCUGCUCCUCGAGGAGCCUCGAUCUUUGCGUGAACCAGGCUGUCGCGGAGAGCCAGGCGCUGCCGGUCCGCUUGGGACAGCCAGUCACAAAGUUCACCUUUCUCGAGGCCGAUCAGCAGUGCAAGUUGAUGAUGCGGUACAGCACUGCACAGAUUUCUGUCACUGCCAUGCCUCAGAUUGUGAAGGACCUCAUCAAGCUAUACUCGUAUUCUCAAGAGGAGGAGCCGCGGCGGCCCAGCUUCCUGGAAUACGCUCGCUUGAUGCAGGGGACAAACGUCGAGGAUCAAGUCAAGCACUGGAGAGCUAGACUUGAGGGAGCCAGUCUCACGCAGGUUGUGCCACAUUCGAAGCCGUGCGGUCCGGCAGCUGACAGGGAGACGCUUCACGAAACGGUCGAUGUUUUGUCCCUGAGCGAAUUCGGCCUUGGCUUCGACACAGUGCUCAAGACGGCGUGGGCCAUGGUUCUUGCCACACUGUCCGGAGCCACAGACGUCGUCUUCGGGGAGCUGGUCGAAGGCUGGCGGGUGAGGCUCGAGGCCGGCAUGGAUGUCUCGAGCGUUGUGGGACCCAUGGAGAAUACAAUACCAGUCCGUGUCUGCUUCCCUGCUGCACCAACCUCGCCGCUGCAGGCGAUGCAUAACAUCCAACGCGAGUGUGCCUCCUCACUGCCAUUCGAAUCGCUCGGGGCGCAGAUGAUUGUCAAGCUGUGCACCGACUGGCCCAACUGGAGCCGAUUCAGCACAGUCGUGCGGCAUCGGCCUCAGGCCCUGAUAGAUGGGUCGACGAUCAACAUGGAGAACACAACAUUCACGUACAGCAUAGUCGAACCGGCAGCACAGGACAUACCGGACAUCCUUGUAUCCUCCACCAUGAUUAGCUCCGACAAGGUUGCCCUCGCGCUGCAGUAUUCUGAGAGCCGCGUGCCGGGAGACUACAUCGAAACAGCCAUGGGCCUUCUCAUCGGUGCCCUCAAAACACUCACAUGCCGCAAAACCCUCCGCCUACACGUCUUCCCCCCGGCUGGCGAGUACGGCUCUGUAGUGCCGUGGGUAGUGUUGAAAGGGGGCGACACUAUCGAGCCCCUUUCCAUCGCCGACGACCCGUCUAUCGCCGACUGGCUACCCAAAGAGCACCGCAGUGUCUUGCAGGGUUACCUCAGUUCAGCGUGGAACGAAGUGCUCAGCCCCGCAAGCCUCCGACUGCAAGCGGAGCAAGUGCAUCUGACGCGCUUUUACGACACAUCGGGGUCGCUGAUGCCAGCAUACCUCAUCGCCGAUCGGAUCAACCGUGGUCUGCGGCGACUGGACAUUGGUGGCCUCGACAUGGUACGCGUUGCACCGGACGAGAUCAUACGACACCCUACCAUGGGUGGCCAGAUGGAUCUCGUCAUUGCCAAGAUGCGCUCCAUAGGCAUCGUUCCCAACACCACACCAGCGCAUCGCCGUACGAUGAGUAGCCCAACAACGACAAUGAGCUUGGUAUCUCGCGCCCCACAAGCAUCGUGGGUCCCGCUCGUGGGAAGUGUCAAGGCUGCGGCAGGCUUCCGGAGGCAUCUCCGAGACGGCGGCGGCAGCGCGGAUGGCAUGCGAGACUUGGGCGCGAAGGCCGGUGGCUGGAUGCGGCAUCACGUCAACAACCUGGGGAACAGAGACAAAUGUGCGGCCCAGUCGGUACCAAAGCCCAUUUGGCCCGGCGUCGGUGACGGUGGAAGCCUUGGCAUGCUUCCCGAGUUGGCGGAGCUGGACACAGAUCUCGUGAGCCCCCUGAGCGCGUUUGGUCGAACGGGCUCGGACGAAGAGGGCAGCGGGAGCACCAGUCCUGCGGUUUCGCCAAUGCGAAGCUUGGUGGACAUGGGAUUGAUAAGCGAGAUGGAGACGUGA